UCACAGCCUAGACUAAACACAGUGCUUAACUAAAACUGCCACAAUGACCACUCUUACCCCCAAGGACAAGGACACCGUCAAGACCUUCUGGGCGAAGAUCUCCCCCAAGGCAGCAGCCAUCGGAGCAGAUGCUCUUGGCAGGAUGCUGGUGGUGUACCCACAGACCAAGACCUACUUCGCCCACUGGAAGGACCUGAGCCCCGGCUCUGCCCCGGUGAAGAAGCACGGAGCUACAGUGAUGGGUGGAGUUGCUGAUGCUGUGGGUAAAAUCGACGAUCUGACAGCAGGUCUCCUGAACCUCAGCGAGCUGCAUGCCUUCACUCUGAGGGUGGAUCCUGCUAAUUUCAAGAUUCUUGCCCACAACAUCCUUGUUGUCUUGGCCACCACAUUCCCCAACGACUUCACCCCUGAGGUCCAUGUGGCAAUGGACAAGUUCCUGGCUGCUGUGGCUCUGGCUCUGUCCGAGAAGUACAGAUAAAAUCCUGGAAAGGAGAUGAAGAUGCAUGAGUUCACUCUUGAUGUAAAAAAUAAAUGCAUAAAUGUUAAAACACACCAAAA